AUGUCGGACCAUGAUGAACCGACAACAUCGAUGGCGUCUCAGCAGGUUAAAGUGAUACAAAUUCCGGUGAAUUUGCCCAUGCCACCGCAGCUGGCCAUGACAGGUAAUCUGGCAACGAAUUGGAAAAGGUUUUAUCGCGCGUGGAACAACUACGAAAUAGCAGCACGUCUGCGAGAUCCGAAUAACCCUAGUACAAAUAAAGAACUAAGAACAGCGACUCUGUUGACGUGCAUUGGAGCUGAUGCUCUUGAUGUGUUUGACGGACUGGACUUCGCGAAUGAAGACGAGUGAAAGGACAUCGAUGUUGUCGUAAGCAAGUUGGAAAAGUAUUGUAUUGGAGAGACAAAUGAGACGUACGAACGGUAUUGUUUUAAUAAAAGAGAUCAAGAGUCACACGAAACGGUUGAUGCUUACUUCGCAGCUCUUCGUACGUUAGCCAAGACGUGUAACUUUGGUAAUUUGAAAGACAACUUGAUAAGAAAUCGUAUUGUCAUGGGUAUUAAGGACAACGCCACACGAAAGAAAUUAUUGCAAGUCUCAAAGCUUACUCUGCAACAAAGUAUAGAUAUAGUUCGGUCUUGUGAAAAGACGGCGAAGCAACUCGAGUCGAUGAAAGUUGAAGGUGAGCAAGUGUUGGCUGUUGGAAAAGAACAGUACAAAGAGCAAAGGAAGCGAGUCGAGAAAAGAGAUGAAGAAGUGUUAAUCAAGUGUAAAUUUUGCAACAAAUCUCAUCCCAGAGAUAAGUUCAAAUGCCCAGCCUGGGGCAAAACAUGCUCAUUGUGUAAAAGAAAGAAUCAUUUCGCAGUCGUCUGUAAUGCUCAACGAAGACCAUUUAGCCAACGAAAGUCAGUAUCGGGCGUCAACGAUGAUACAGACUCAUCGGAGGGAGAAUAUAUAGCUCUGGUGGAGACCAAAGAAGAGGUAGGUGCAGUUAACUCUGAUCAAUACACCUACAAACCAAGUGCCCCCUUGAUGAUUAACAAAAACCUAGAAAGUUUUCAACUUGACAGUGGAGCCACAGUAAAUGUAUUAUCUAAAAGGACACUGGCAGGUUGUUUUCGAAAGCCUAUUGAGAAGAAGCUGGUAAAAACAAACACAACCCUUGUAAUGUACAAUGGGUCCGAAGUGAAGCCUAUUGGAAAGACAAGGAUUCAAGUUAUUAAUCCUAAGAAUAACAAGAAAUACAGUGUAGAGUUUAUGGUAGUGGAAGAGAAUUGCAAGUCCAUACUCGGGGCUAAAGCUAGUCAACUCAUGAACUUACUUGCAGUUAACAAAGAGAACAUUUUUACUACCGAGUCAAAUGUCAAAGAUGUACCCAAGUUUAUCACCAAACAGCAUCUCAUUGAGGAGUAUCCAGCAGUGUUCCAGGGUCAAGGAACUUUACCGGGCACAUUUCAUCUGGAGAUUGAUGAAUCCAUCUCCCCAGUCCAGCUCCCAACACGAAGGAUUCCACUGGCUGUGAAAGAUAAACUCAAAGUAGAGCUCAACCGACUAGUCGAUGUGAACGUCAUAGCUCCUGUAGAUACACGAACGACCUGGAUAUCGGCUAUUGUGGUUACAGUCAAGAAGAAUGGUGACAUCCGAUUGUGUAUUGACCCAAAGCCAUUAAAUAAGGCUCUCUAG